AUGAGGUCACAAAGCCCCCAGGAAGGAGAGUGUGAGGAGAUAAAGAUAACGGUGCAGAAACACAGGCAGAGCUUGCGCCACAGCAAGGGAGAGCUGAACAGGCUUAACCAGGCCAUCCAGUGGCUGACAGUGGAGCCCUGCGAACCAGAGGGAGGAGGCAAGGACCCAGCAGCUCUGCAGGAGGAGGGUGCCUCAGGAAGCGCUAAGAGCAAGCUGGCCUGGCCGGAGGCCGCCCUGCAGCGGGCCAAGCAGGACAUGGUGCGCCAGCUGUGGGAGUACCAGGGACUCACGAUGCUCAAGCUGGGCCUGGACUUUGAGAUCGCCACCUACCGCAAGCUGCUGGAAGGCGAGGAGAGGAGGCUUGGUCUGGGAUUUGGGGCAGGGAACAUCACCGCUCUCAACACCUGCGGGCUGGUCUCAACCUCGGGCCUCUCGGUCCAGCUGCCGUCUGGAGCUGGCCCCGGCGCCCUGGAGACGAGCGCCCCUGGCGGCGGGUGCGCGCCCUGCGGCUCCCCCGGCGGGGUCGUGGGCUUCAGCGGCAGCGGCUCCCGCGGAUGCUGA